ACAGUUGAUAGGAAGAGCAAGAAAUUCAAAAUGUCACCGCGAAAAAAGCAGGAUGUCUCGUUUGUGUGUAGUCCCGGAGACCGUACAAAUCUUGAUGAGACAGUUCCACCUUGCGAACACUGUGAAAAAUACUUUUUUUACCAACAUUCAACGUUCAACUUUUUCGAUGCUUCAUUCCUGCUCAUUUCCAUGGCCACAUAUCUCGUCGACAUUGUUACCGAUAUGAUUGUGUGUGUGCAAUACUUAAAUGCAAAUGAGUACUUCUGGGGAUUUCUGACUCUGUUUUUCACAAUUGCUCCAUCGAUCAUCGUACACAUCUUCAGCGCUCGAUGGUAUCUGAUAGACGAUGACAUGACAACUUCAGAUUGGCUGCUUCACGUAUUCCAACUUGGUACCCUCAAAAGGUAUGUGUGUGUAUUCCAAACUGGUCUAGAAGCAAGAAGGUCACAUGAUGCCAGUGAUUUUGAGCUUCUUUGUCAUCAGCAAAGUGAUGUAUCAAUGCUUCGUUUAUUUGAGUCCUUCAUGGAAUCAGCUCCUCAGAUUGUUCUUCAACUCUACAUCAUGGUUGCCACCAAUGAUGAAAAUUAUUUCACAGGUGUCUCAGCAGCGGUUUCCCUGACAUCACUGUGCUGGGCGAUUGCAGCUUACAGUAAAGCACAACGAAAGAUACGGAUUGAUAAAGAACGUAUAUCAUGGCCAGGCCUAGUCUUUCAGACCAUAUGGCGAAUUGGGAUGGUCUCAUCACGUGUUAUGGCUCUAGUGCUAUUUGCUUCAGUUUUCAAGGCUUUCAUUUUUCCUGUUGUUGGUGCCCAUUGGCUGUUAAUGCUGCUGUGGGUGUAUCAACAAAACACUGACUUCUGUUCAAGUUGGCUAGAAGAACGGCUCUUUAAUGUCAUCAUCAGCAUCGUAUACAUAUUCUGUUUCUUCAACUUGAAGGAGGGAACUUCACGGUUCCGCAUUGUUGCUUUUUACACAGUCAUGUUAGUUGAGGACACGAUGCUUGUGGUCCUUUGGACAGUGUACAGUGAUCAGGAUAAUCAAUACAAUGCAGCUGGUUACAGUAUUGUUUAUGGUGGAUUCAUCAUUGGUAUACUCAGUAUGGGAAUAUACUACAGGUGUUUUCACCCAAGUGGACAAAUUUCACUCUCCACAACGAUUCUUAAAGACAUCGAGAAACACUGCCCUCAUGACCAUUUGUACACAAAUCCAAGAAAUUCACCUAAAUCUCCGGGACUUGAUGCCGAAAUCUCUUUCCGAUCAAGAUCUAUGUCUCCACAGGAUUCUUCUGGAGAAAUUGGCCACAGCUUCACCAGUGAUAGGGAUUACCAGUUGAACUACAGCUUGGAUAAAUCAUCUACAGAGGAGUCAUCAUUUUUCUCUUCGAAUAUAGCAACUCAAAGAAGUCUAAGUGACAGCUGUUUGCUUGAUUUAACCACAAGAGUGGGAAUGCAGAAAAUUAAUAAUCAGGGUGUUAACUGUCUCACGCAAGACAAAUUGACCUAUGAACUUGGGUUAACAUUCACAGACUACCGUUUGAAUUGUACAGGUUUUGCAAGUAUUCUUGCUGGACAAUACGACAUGGCGAAGGAGACAGCUUUAGCCAGCAGCAAUCUCGACCAGGCAACUUCAGAAAACCAUAUAGAAUCCACUCCUUCACAGGGUAAGGUCAAUGUAAAGGGUUCUGAUGGUAGACUGGACAUUACUCAAGGGUCCUCAUUGCAAGAGAUGCCGAACUUAUCCCUACAGUCACCAGGCUUAAUGACUAGGUAUGAAGCAGAAAAGAUUUACUUGGAUAUUCUGGACCUAGAACGUACCUCUGUGCCAUCUAAGCGGCAGCUAGUUUUCAGAUCAGUAGAGAACGUAGCACAGAAAGAUGAGUCUCAUAAAACUAAACAGAAGGAAAAAGCAGGAAAGGAACAGGUAGUGGAGCCAUCGUCAAAAAUGGUUAAAAAGAGACAUAAACCUUAUAUUCUGUGGAAGUUGGAAGAACAAAGGAAGAAUAAACCAGCACCAGGUGAUGAAAAUAAAUUUAGUGCAACUGGUGAUACAAUAGAACAACCAAGAGAACCAAGAACCGGCAGACAAAUUGACAUCAUUCCAAAAACAAAUGAAGACUGCUCAGCUAGUGAACUAAAUGGAAUUGAAAAGUCAAUUGGAUUGGCUGAUAGUAAAAAUACUGCUAAGAGUGGUGAUCAUUACAAAAUUGUAGAAGAAAACAGACAAGCAGCUUCUGGAGAAGUAGUUGGUUUAUGUAUUCAGGAUUUUAAGAAUUCUUCGGAUUCAUUAAAUAAUGCCAGAACAACAGACAGAGCAGCAGGUUUACCAGGUUGUCCUUUAAAAGAAAGUAAUUCAACAGUCAAUAAAUCAGUGAGAAUAGAACCAACAAUAAGCAAAAAGUUGCAACCUGAUGGGAAACAACCUAUGAGGUCUCCUCUUGGAUGCAAUAGUCUUGGACAUGGCAGAGCUAAGCAAAGUGUGGCUAUUCCAAGACGUAAACACAGUUUCAAAUCAGCAGUUCCACGACUAACUCUGUCACAUUCACCAAGCGAUUCCUCCAACAAAGAGAACAGUCCAUGCACACCAUCAUCAACAAACAAGAAUACAGGGAAGGUGUCUGAAGGCUUUGAUGCUGAUAAAGGCAUAACAAGUAAUUCCAAGACCUUAAAAAGUCCAGUGCUCCAGGAAAUAGCACUCAGUAACAAGCUUGCAAAUUCUCAACCCACCAACACCUUGAGGAGCUGUUUUGACGUUGGUGGCAAGUCAGCACAAUGUUCACCAUCUGUUCGAAGCUUACAACUUGCAAUCUUCAGUCCUGAUAACCAGUCUACCCCAGGAACCAGAGAAAAGAAAAUGGGUCGUAGAUCACUUGGAAAAAUCCCACUAAAUACUGUGGCUGAUAAGAUAAGCAUAUUUACAAAUUAAUCAAUUGUAAUCAAAGAAAAACUCACAUUGUACUUACUGUAUUGCAGCCAAUGACAACUCACUUUUCCCUGUGCUAGAGAAAAUUUAGUGUGUCCUGAGCUACAUUGUUCCAUGUGAAUGCAAGUCCCUGUUAGCAUACAGCCUGGUAAUAUCUGUGUAGGAGGCACGGACAUUGCAGAUGGCUGUAACACUUCCAAGAUGCUUAUCAUGUAUCUGUACAAAUGCUCACAGGGCGCAGCUUAUCUUUUAACGUGGCGUGGCAUGUAUCGGAAUAUCCACAUACACCUAUUACUGUAAUUGUAGACGUCUGGCAAGGUUUUAAACCUUAUCUCGGUAGGGGCAUCUUGUAAAAUUUAGCAUGCAUCCAGUGUAAAAUGUUGUCAUUUGAAUUGGGUAGUAGCAGUCUGCAGCAUAUUGCUUUUUUGUUUUACAGUUAGAUAUUCUUUAUAUUUAAUACAAAUAAGUCAUUUGUAAAUUAUUUUAUACUGUAUAUUGGAAUAUGCUAGUUCUUACAAAUCAUGAAUUGUAAUUUUUAAUACAGUAAUUGUGCCUUCUGCACUAUAAAAUCCAAAGUUAAAGGAUGGAUUGCUUUUUAAAACAUUUUAAAUGCUAUGUAACUGUAAUUUUAACAUUUUAAAUGUACAUUUUUUUUUUAUCUGUAAAUAAUGCCUAUAUAGUAUAUAUUUUAUACCACUUUAUAUUUGAAACAGUAACAUUUUAGUCCACACAUUUUUUUUUGGAAAAAGUAUUUCAAUUAGUAAAGUUAACAGACAAGUAUUUAGAUCUGAAAUAUCACAGCAUUUGUACAGUGAAACCACAUGCAAUACUGUACUGCAUUUAAUAAUCUUUCUUUUUGUUUUUAGUUACCUUAUUAUUUUUCAGGAGACUAUUAGGACAAUGCAUUCCAGUCCCCAUUUAUAAUUUUUAUAUAUUUUAUGCAAACUAGUCAUUUUUUAAGUUUCCUGUGCAAAUACAGUUGUGCACUGCUUUAUUCAAUUAGAGAAUAGGAGUUGAUAAUCAAAGUCAUCAACAGUUUGUGGUAGGUUUUCACAAUACAGGUAAUAAUAUAUUGUACAAUGCAAGUAUAAUUAUGCAUUAAUGUUUGUACCCAGAACCUUAUGAUUUUAAGCUUACCAAUUCAGUAGUAUGCAAAUUGAUAAUACAGCAUUUUAUUUCUUUCCAAGUUAAGAAUUUUCUUUGUAGAUUGUAGCUCAAUUAUUAAACAAGUGGCUGUUGCAUUUUGCCAUUAUUAGCUACAUCUUGAUUUUCUUGUGAUGUUUUCAUAACUCUUUUCAACUUCAAAUUCAUCCACAAAUUGAAGUGCCAUUUUUUGUACACUACAAUGAUGAUGCAACAUACAAAAUGCAUGCAAAAAAUGACAUUCUAACUAUAAUCACACAAUAUACAGUAGUGACAAUGUUUAAUGCAGUAUUGUUGGCUUAAAAGCCAGACUGCAGAGGAAUAAAUUAUUUUGAUAUAUUUUAGGACUAAAACUGAUUUUGAGGAACAGUUAAAAAAAUGGAAAAAUUUGGUAACGGUUAAUUAGGUAGAUUUCUGAAUACAGUAUUGAAAAACUGGUGGUAAAAGGAUGGUUACCCUUUAUAUUUGGUAGGGGUUUUUUUCAUGAUUUCUUGUGUGAAAUACACCCAGGAUAAGUUGGAAGACUUAAUUCUCUAUUGGGUUCUUUUGGCAAUUUCCUUGCCAAGAGACAACUAGUAAGAAAAGAUAAACAUUUUUAUACUGUACAGUAUUUUAUUAGAAAAAAAAUUAGCAAUGAUUUUUUUUUUAUACAAAGAGACAGAAAUUUCAUGAAUCCAAGAUCAUUUAAUACAAAUCUGAUGCCUAAAUCUACUACAGUAUAUAGACAAGAAAAAUGCUUUAAAAACUUCUUA